GCCGUCAAUCUGCCCAUGUGGGAGCGGUGAUUGGCCGCUGGGCCCGCCCCCCAGAAAACUCCGCCGGGCUCGCGUAAGCUGCGCGCUCGGGCUGGGAGGGGCUCGGCACCGCGUCAGGAGCCGCCACUGUCCCGGUCAGCGCGCCAGGCCGCUGUUGGUCACUCCUGCAGCCCGCCUGCUGGGCAGGGCCGGCCCGGCCCGGCCAUGGAGUCCUACGACAUCAUCGCCAACCAGCCCGUGGUCAUCGACAACGGUUCAGGGGUGAUCAAGGCUGGCUUUGCAGGAGACCAGAUUCCCAAAUACUGUUUCCCAAACUAUGUCGGGCGCCCCAAACACAUGCGGGUGAUGGCUGGAGCCCUGGAAGGGGACCUCUUCAUCGGACCAAAAGCAGAGGAGCACCGGGGGCUGCUGGCCAUCCGCUACCCCAUGGAGCACGGCGUGGUACGGGACUGGAACGACAUGGAGCGCAUCUGGCAGUACGUCUACUCCAAGGACCAGCUGCAGACCUUCUCCGAGGAGCAUCCUGUUCUUCUCACGGAAGCUCCGCUCAACCCAUGUAAGAACCGGGAGAAGGCGGCGGAGGUGUUCUUCGAGACCUUCAACGUGCCAGCCCUGUUCAUCUCCAUGCAGGCCGUGCUUAGCCUGUAUGCAACAGGACGCACGACGGGAGUCGUUCUGGACUCAGGGGAUGGGGUCACUCAUGCUGUCCCCAUCUAUGAGGGCUUUGCCAUGCCACACUCCAUCAUGCGGGUGGACAUUGCCGGCCGCGACGUCUCCCGCUACCUCCGGCUGCAGCUGCGCAAGGAAGGGGUUGACUUUCACACCUCUGCUGAGUUUGAGGUUGUCCGGACCAUCAAAGAGCGGGCCUGCUACCUGUCCAUCAGCCCGCAGAAGGAUGAGGCUCUGGAGACAGAGAAGGUGCAGUACACCUUGCCAGACGGCAGCAUCCUUGACGUGGGGCCAGCGCGCUUCCGGGCCCCCGAGCUGCUGUUCCAGCCAGACCUGAUAGGGGAUGAGAGCGAGGGGCUCCACGAGGUGCUGGCCUUCGCCAUCCACAAGUCUGACAUGGACCUUCGCCGGACGCUGUUCGCCAACAUCGUGCUCUCCGGUGGCUCCACACUUUUCAAAGGCUUUGGCGACCGAUUACUAACUGAAGUAAAGAAGCUUGCCCCCAAAGACGUCAAAAUCAAGAUCUCGGCCCCUCAGGAACGGCUGUACUCCACGUGGAUCGGUGGCUCCAUCCUGGCCUCGCUGGACACUUUUAAGAAGAUGUGGGUAUCCAAAAAGGAAUAUGAAGAGGAUGGCUCCCGGGCUAUUCAUCGUAAAACCUUCUAGUGCCCAAGGAGGAAGGUGUAGCGUUGGGAAGAUGGGAGGAAAGGGGAGCCAGAGUCCUUCACCCUUUCUGGUCCGGUUCACAUACUAGGCCUCAGGGCCCCCUGCAUGCCCUGAACCCCCGGCAAGUGGUGCAACAGUGCUUCCCUGCAGCCCUCCACACACACAUGCACGCACACACAGUAACAUUAGCUGCAUGGAUGGGAGGCUUGAGCUGGAAGAUAGGAAUUGAGGGGCCCAGCUUUGGGCGGUUCUGGGUGUCCCCCUUGUCAGAACCAAUUAGGCCUAUGACUCUCUGCUGCCCCGAGCUCCAAGGCCAGACACCCAAAUACCCCCAUUUUCUCCGACAGGGCCAGAGUGCCUGGAUGCCUGUGUAACUAGCCUUGGGGAGUGGGGUGGAGGAGGGGGUAGCCAGCAGCUCCCCGCCGGUGUGUCACUGCUUCUCAUGCCACCUCCUCUUCCUGACCCGACAGAGUAGCCCGGAGGGCCACACCUAGGCAUCCCUGACCCUUUCACACUCUGUUCUCCCAUCUUUCUGGAUGGGUUGCCUUGGUGUAGACUGAGUUCUUGUCAGUCUUCUUCCGUCCCCCAUAAGGGGUCUGGACCGGGGUCCGACCCUUUGGAGCCAGAGCAGAGGAUGCGCUGGGUUUGGGCGGCCGCAGCGUGUUGCGUUCUCCCCUUCAAAGCGCUUCAGUGACUUGCUGCUUCCUGUCCUUUACACCAGUACCUGGGACAGGAAGGGUGAAUGGUCUUCAUUUGUUGAAGGGAAGCCACUUAAUCACAAGUCAGACCUAGUGGGGGUGAGGAGGACACACUUCCUCCUCCCACCUCUCCCACAGAAGAGGUCUUCAUUUAUCUUGUGGCCAGGACCCCCAUCUCCCUCUCCCACAAAUGUACAAUAAUUUAACACAGUUGCCUGAAAAAAAUUUUUUUGUAAAUCAUUAUAGUAAUAAUUAUGGACAAGGCCCAG